AUGUCUCGCGGCGGCACUACCUUGUACGUCACCGGCUUCAGCCACGGCACCCGCGCCCGCGACCUUGCCUACGAAUUCGAACGAUAUGGACGCUUGGUUCGCUGCGACAUUCCCGCGCCACGAUCUACUUCUUCUCGACUGUUCGCAUUUGUUGAGUAUGAAGACAGACGUGAUGCCGAUGAUGCCUACCAUGAAAUGCACAACAAACGCAUUGGCCGGGAUGAUCUGUUGAAGAUCGAGUGGGCUAGAACGCCUCCCUCAGCCUCGUGGCGCUUCGAAUCUGGGCGUGAUCGUGAUCGUCGUGGACCCCGAUCUCCCCGUCGCGGACGGUCACCAUCCCCCAGACGCAGUACCCGUGAUUAUUCCCCAAGGAAAGAAGAACGUCGUGAUCGCGACAGAGACUAUGAUCGUGAUAGCCGAAGGGAUCGGGACCGGUCUCGAAGCCCGGAACACCGGGACCGUGACCGCGAUACAAAAGACGAGCGCGACGAUCGUGACCGAAAGGAAAAUGGAACUAACGGUGAUGAAAGGAAAGCUGAGAGCCCUCUUCCCGCCCAUGACGAUCUUGAUGUUGCUGAGUAGUAGAGGCCACCAACGUCGAAGCGUAUCAUGGCAGUGGACUGAGAAUCCGGAAUCUUGGCCUGAUCACUCUCUUUUCUACCCACGUCUUCUUUUGUCAUCCAUCAUUCUGUACAAUGCUUAGGUUUCCAGGUAUUUCCCAAUUCAAGCACGUGAUACGGAGUCAUUGUGAGAUGUGGGAUACUUGGGAAUUGCCGGGCU